GACCACUACACCGGGGCAAAAUCGCGUCGAUCGGGGACGGCUGUCACCGCUUUUUUGUGACAGAUGUUUUGCACGAUUAAUCCGCUUUACUAAUUCGCGGUCGCGCGGUCGCGAGCGUGUACGAGUGGAUACGCGAGCGAGCCCCUCUUCUUCCGCGCGGAUUCUCGCGCGCGUAGAGCCACGCGUCACCGCCCGUUGGUGCUGUCAUCGUAUCCGAAAAGUCGGUGAUCCCGUCGGAAGAGCAGCCCGGAGCAGAUAGAGAAAGAGAGACGAAAAGAGAGUGAGCAAGCAGGCGAGCACCGGAGGAAGGAGAACGCGCUUCGUCAAAUGUCUCGCGGACGAGGCAGUUAGAUAUCUUCGGUGAAGAGCGGAGAGUAAGAGGAAGAGGGAGAUAGUGACAAGGAGAGAGAGAGAGAGAGAGAGUGUCUCGGCCAGCUGGUCUUCGAGUUCGUGUGGUCGUCACAAACGCCAGGAAGCGCCGUCUACGAAGCGCACGGGGGUCGUGGGGUGAGCGAUAGAGAUCGCUCGGUAGUGAAACUCGUGCCCAUCAUCGGCGGCGACAAUGGCAAAGACAUACGAUUAUUUAUUCAAGCUGCUGCUGAUCGGGGACUCCGGCGUGGGCAAGACCUGUGUGCUGUUCCGAUUCUCCGAGGAUGCGUUCAACACCACCUUCAUCUCGACCAUCGGUAUCGACUUUAAGAUUCGUACCAUCGAGUUGGAUGGGAAGAAAAUUAAGUUACAAAUAUGGGACACCGCUGGACAAGAGAGGUUUCGCACCAUAACCACAGCGUACUACCGCGGCGCGAUGGGAAUCAUGUUGGUGUACGACGUUACAAAUGACAAAAGUUUCGAAAACAUUAAAAACUGGAUUCGUAACAUAGAGGAAAACGCGUCAGCGGAUGUGGAGAAAAUGUUGUUAGGCAAUAAGUGUGAGCUUACAGAUAAAAGGCAAGUGACUAAGGAGAGAGGUGAGCAACUGGCUGUGGAAUACGGCAUUAAGUUUAUGGAAACCUCGGCGAAAUCUAGUAUCAAUGUGGAAGAGGCGUUUUAUACUCUGGCGCGUGAUAUCAAAGCGAAAAUGGAAAAGAAACUGAAGGAGGCAUCGAAUCCACCGAAAGGCGGCGGUCAUCAGUUGAAAGCUUCAGAACCACAAAGGAAGCCACCUUUUUGGCUCACCCGUUGUAUUAUACUCUGACCCCCCAAAUAUUUUCUACUAUUCGAGGAGGCGCAUCUAUUUACUAUCAUUAUUUACUUAUGUUCAUUUCGUCGAACAAAACUGAUGUUCCGUGGAACUUUUCAUAUCCCAAGUAUCGGGUAUAGUGGGUUUAUUCCUUGAUAAUGAAACGUUAUCGCAUUGUAUUAAAGACUCAGAAAUUAUUUGCAUGAGUUUAUGUUUUUUUUUUGCCGAAGAAACCCUCAGAGGAGAAAGUAUUAAAACUUUUUAUAUGUUAUAUAAGAAGGGAGAGUUGUGUGCGUGUCGUUUUAAUUGAUGCAACUGCUGUAGUUUGUUAUGCAAAUAUUCUACUUGUUAAUCAGUGUAAUUAAAUGGAUUUAGAUGAAAUAGUUGUGCGAUAAUUUAAGUUAACCGGAAUCUAAUGUGAUCUGUAUUUUUUCAUGUCUUUUAAAAAAAUUAUGACGUAAUUUAUUAAAUCAGUUAACAUCGUGUCGCACGUGAUAUUUUAAACACAUAAUGAACUUCUCCUCUGGUUUUCUUACAUUAAAGCUAAUAGUUGAUUUUUUAAUUUUUAUUGAAAAAUUACUAUAAAGUGAAAAAAUGCGUUACUUAAUUUUUAUGGCAAUGGGAUGAAGUAUAAUUUCAUAUGCACGAAAUUCUGCAAUUCAUAUUUCAAUAUGAUUUACAUCGUGUAUGUUUCUCUUUUAUCAGAGGACCGUGGUGUCUAUGAAGGUAUAUAUAUAUAUAAAUAUAUAUAAAUAUAAAUAUAUAUUUACUAUAUAUAGAAACAUACAUCACACAUCGUACAACAUCACAUACAAUGACUAAGAGUAAGAAAAAAUAAAUAAGAUUAAGCAGUAUAGGUAUCACGAUCGUUUUUAUACUGUUAUUAAGCAGAUAUAGCUUUUUCACAAAAUUAACGGGAAAAACGUAAAGUGUACUAGAGCAUUAACUGAUGUAACUAAAAUGCCUUGUGACGAAUUGAACAAGAACUUUAUAGAGACAAUUUUGUUAUAUCACGGAUAGUCAUAGAAUUUUUAUUAGGUCUAAAGCAAAGAAAAAGAGAGAGCGACGAGCAUGAGUACGCGAAGCUUAUCUUCCGGCGGAUUUACUUUGCAUAUAGAGAUAGAUUCGUUUACAUGGAUCGGCAGUAAAAAAAGAAUAAACAAAUCUCUUUUGUUCGCUGGUUGUCAUGAUGUGCAUCCAGCAAGUAUGCAUUUUUAUCAUCGGAAUUUGUUCAACUUAUACUUAAAUAUACAAACGAUUAUUAUAA